UCGUCGUCGUCACGUCAUUAACAUUUACAUUUUGUCAAUAUUUUGCUUCAAACCGCGCAGCAGCUAUCACACACAGUACAUACGGUCGAUUGCAGUUCUUCAGUGUCCUUUCAUCCCAGUUACACGCAGUGUGGAAGAACAGUGUCCUGAUUUUUUUUCGGUGUGAACAAAGAAAUUGAAAAUCCAGUGCCCGGCCCCUACAGCAGCGCCCCUCCCGUACCCCAAUGAUUUGCUAUGUUUUACGGCGGUGUGGCAGUAAAACUAACCCAUCAUCUGGCAGGCCAUUUGCGUACUAGUUGUAGCAGCUCUUCGGUGGUGUCCUCCAGCAGCGGUGGUAGCGGAAGCUUCCUUUCAAAACCGUGGCAAGGUAGAAGGUGGUCCACUGCAGCAGCAUCAACAUCCAUCAAAGAAGGCCAUCCGGAGCGUAAAAAUUGCGGCAGUCCUGUUUCGUCGCUCUGCCUCCGGCGACGGCCUACACAAACCAUAGCAACAGCAUCCACAUCGGGCUUCGUCAUCUCAUCGACCUCCACCACCGAUCAAUACCAGCAAUCACAGCAAGCGGGGGGACAAAUUCGUGCCCUUCACACCUCAUCCAGCAUGGCAUCCGGCGGAGCAGGACCAUCGGACAAACCGAAACACACCAAUCGAUUGAUCCACGAAAAGUCACCCUACCUGCUGCAGCACGCCCACAACCCGGUGGACUGGUAUCCCUGGGGUGAAGAGGCGAUCGCUCGCGCCAAAGCCGAGAACAAACUGAUCUUCCUCUCGGUGGGCUACAGCACCUGCCACUGGUGCCACGUCAUGGAAAAGGAAUCAUUCGAAAACGAACAGGUGGCCGAGAUCAUGAACGAAAAUUUCAUCAACGUCAAGGUCGAUCGCGAGGAACGACCGGACAUCGAUAAACUGUACAUGACCUUCAUCUUGCUCAUCAACGGUUCCGGUGGGUGGCCAAUGUCUGUUUGGUUGACUCCGGAUCUGGCACCGGUGACCGGAGGGACGUACUUUCCGCCGAAGGAUCGCUGGGGAAUGCCAGGGUUCACGACGAUCUUGCUCAAGCUGAAGAUCAAGUGGGCGACUGAUGGGGAAGAUUUGGCGUCGACCGGAAGAAGCAUAAUCGAUGCUAUUCAGCGAAAUGUGGAGGAGAAACACCAGGAGGAACCGGAGCGGGUGUUUACUCCGGAGGAAAAAUAUCGCCAAGCGGUUACGAUCUACAAGCGGAACUUCGAUCCGGUUUGGGGAGGCUCGCUUGGAGCACCCAAGUUUCCGGAGGUGUCCAAGUUGAAUCUGAUCUUUCACGCCCAUCUCCAGGAUCCGUCAACUAAAAUCCUAGGGGUGGUACUGAACACGCUGGAAAAGAUGGCAGCCGGUGGUAUUUAUGAUCACGUGUUCGGCGGAUUUGCGAGGUACUCCGUGGACAAGAAGUGGCAUGUGCCCCAUUUCGAGAAGAUGCUGUACGAUCAGGGCCAGCUGUUGAUGGCCUAUUCCAAUGGGUAUAAGACCACGAGAAAGCCGUUGUACUUGGAGGUGGCAGAUUCAAUUUACAGGUACAUUUGCAAGGAUCUGCAACAUCCGGCCGGUGGAUUCUACAGUGGGGAGGACGCAGACUCGCUUCCCACGUGGGAGAGUACGGAUAAAAUUGAGGGUGCUUUCUACGCUUGGACAUACGCCGAAGUUCGGGACCUGUUGAGGGCGAAUCUGGAAAAGUUCGGGGAUAUCGGAAAGGUGGAUCCGGUGGAAGUAUUCACCGAGCAUUAUGAUAUUCAGGAAACCGGGAAUGUUGAACCCAGUAGCGAUCCUCAUGGACACCUGCUGGGCAAGAACAUUCCCAUUGUGUACGGGUCGAUUCGAGAAACCUCAGAGAAGUUUGAGACUACUUCUGAAGUCGUUGGAAAGAUUUUGAAGGUUGGAAAUGAACUCUUGCACGAAGUGCGUGAUAAACGACCCCGACCACAUCUGGACACCAAAAUCAUCUGUGCCUGGAAUGGCCUUAUCCUCUCUGGGCUGUCGCAGCUGUCGUGCAUCAAGGAUGCACCGAAUCGAGCCGCGUAUCUCACGUCCUGUUCAAAACUAGUCCAAUUCAUCCGGGAGAAUCUUUACGAUGUACAAGCUCGAAAGUUGCUCCGUUCCUGCUACGGGGACGAGAGCGACAAAGCAAAGUCAUUGGAAACUCCAAUUUACGGAUUCAUCGAUGAUUACGCGUUCCUCAUCAAGGGCCUUAUCGACUACUACCGUGCCUCGCUGGACACAGCCGCCCUGGGUUGGGCAAAGGAAUUGCAGGAGAUCCAGGACGAGCUCUUCUGGGACCACAAGCACGGUGCAUACUUCUACUCGGAGGCCAACUCGGCCAAUGUCGUCGUGCGACUGAAAGAAGAUCAUGACGGAGCCGAGCCCUGUGGCAACAGUGUUUCCGCACAUAACCUCAUUAUGUUGGGUGACUAUUUUGAAUCGGCUCCCUUCCGGGAGAAGGCUGCUAAGUUGUUUAGCUACUUCUCUAACGUCACUCCCUUUGGGUACGUGUUGCCGGAAAUGAUGUCGGCAAUGUUGCUGCAGGAAAACGGACGCGAUAUGCUGGUCGUGGUUGGCCCCGACGGACCCGAAGCAACCGCCCUGGUAGACGCUGUCCGGGACUUCUACAUGCCCGGCCUGCUUAUCGUGCAGCUCGAUCCGAGCAUACCGGACCACAGCCUCGGAGGCAAAACGCUCAAAAGCUUUAAAAUGAUGAACGAGGCCCCAACGGCGUACAUGUGCCACAACAAGGUUUGCCAACUCCCGGUCACCGAACCGGAAAAACUCGCCGAGGACCUGGUCAACACGUACGUGUUCGACUACGCCGAGUACGAGAACUGAUUUUUCGAGGCCUAAGGUUCUCUGUACGCGCAUUGGGAUGUUUGAAGAACAGUCUAGGAAGUGAAACAGGAACUGGCGGCCGCCACGGAAGCGAGCUCGAGAAAAGAGUCAUUUUUAUAAUAUUUUAACACAUCACACAAGUAGCGGAAAUUUCGUACGUUUUUCUACGUUCAACUUUGCAUGUUUCAUUAGAGAGUCACCAGCGUUGAUCGGAAUAAAAAUGUUACAAAAAUACACAUAUUCUAAACCACAUAGAACGAAAACUAGCACACCGAAUCAAAUGAAUAUCAUACACUAGAAGUUAAUGUUGCAACUAGAAUCAUACUCAUAUCAUGAGAGUAUCAGAUCAAUUUUAAUCAAAACAUUUCUAUUGAACCUCAAAAAUUUCGAACAUUUUUAAUCGUUAUGUAAUGCAAACAGUAAAAAUCUCACAGAGCGAUCGCCGCUAUUAUUUACUAAUUGAACAGAUAGUAACGUAGUGCUUUUGUUAUUGGAAAGCAUGGGCCGAACAGUUUCUAAAAAGGCAACAUUUAAGUCUGGUGUAUAGAAUGCGUUACAAAAGGAUAAGCUUCCGUACUAAAAUUUAACGAUUUUAAAUAUUUAAUAACAUUUUUUCAUUAUAUUUGUUGCUUUAAUAUUCCUUAACGUAUUGAAACCCGGAGACUUUUCGGCCCAAAUAUAUUCGAUAAUGAAAACAAAUAAGCAAAAAACUAUGGUUAGGAAACGCACGAAACUUUAUUCGCAACUUUAUUGCUCACCGUAGAGAAUAAUUUUCAUACUAACGUAAUCAUACUAUUUAAAGAAUAGAAGAAAAGAAAAUCAAAAGAAACGAGAAACGAACCGAGAGCGAUUUGAAAAAAAAGCUAAGAGCAAAGAAACAAUACAAUACUAUGUGAUCUAGCGUUUAGACAACUGUAGAACCGCACGUAACCGCAAACCCAGUCUACUGAAAAAAAUCUAGGUGCCAAUACUUGGUUGCAAAAAUAACCUCUUACACCCCCGAGGAAGCAGUUUUUACAUCUGGAAGGAUGCGAAAUUAUUGUUAAGUUAUUUAAAAUCUCUAUAUUAAUGCUAACCUGUAGGCAUGGGCAGCGAGAAAUGGCUGAUUCACAUGCCUCUCAGCUGAAUUACUUUAGAAGCAUUAAAUAAAGCUAAUUUACAGACUUGAAGUGUCGUACAUUACUGUUACCAUUUUCGAUUGUGUCGUUUUAAAAAUGAGCAAAACAUCUUCAAAAGUUUAUUCAAUAAAGAGAUAAUGGAAGUGAACCACUAUCAAA